AUGGUUGAUACAAGACGUACGAAGAGUAACGCCACCAUGACGGGCCCAUCUCAUGGUUUCGUGGUAGAAACCUCAAUGCAACCGCACAUAAUCAUGGCUGCCAAUGCCUUGCAGCCAUCUUCUAGUGCUUUGCAGUCGCCUUCUAGUGCUCUACAGCCGCCUUCAGCUGCUGGAAUUGCAGAAUAG